GCGAUCUUGGUCUUCGACCAUCGAUCUGGAGUCUUUGUCCACCGGAAGUCAUCUUGUUAUCUGUUUCAGCGAGCUAUCUUCGUGUUCGCCAUCUCCUCUGAAGUCGACCUCCGAUUCCGACUUGCAGACCGCCGUUCAUCCUCGUCGCCAUCUUCGUCUACAGUAAGCUUUCGUCGCCAUCUUGGGCAAUUUGUCUCAAAAUUCGUCUCUCGUUCUGUGUGUAGUAAGAUGGGGGUACCAGAGGCAGAGAGCAGCGCCAGUGGCAGCUUAAGAGAAAGAAGAAGAGAAAGUUCCCAUCAAAACCAACCUCCUCAACUCACUGAUUUGUCUCCGUGGGGGCCGGCGCUGCGGCAGCUACCGCGGCCGGCGCCGCCCCUGCCGCCUCCUCCGCCGCCCCUGCCGCCGGGGCCGGCGCCGCCCCUGCAGCCGCCGCCCCGGCCGCCGUCGCCGCCGCUGCCUAUGGAACACCUGCUGGAAAAUGCCAGGAAUUGUGUGAAUGUGCAUGGGGAUACGUUGCGGCUUGAGGUUGAUGAGCAACGCCCAGAUCAUCAUCUGAUCUCAUUCGGUUUUGAUGCACCGUGUGAUGGGAGGUUUACCAUUUUUUACUUUGCCAAGGAAAAGCCCAAUUGUGAAUUUAUUCCAGUAAUUUCUGAAGAUUAUUAUGUGCCAGCUAAAGUCCCUUUUCAGGAUGGGCUUGGCCAGAAAUUCCGUCAACCUUCUGGAACUGGCAUUGACUUGGGUUUCUUCGCAUUGGAGGAACUUUCUACACCAUCACUAGGAGAAGAUGUGUUCCCUCUUGUAAUCUUUGCUGAAACAUUUGUGCCAAGUUCAUCCCCCUGUAUGCAAGUUAUUCAAGCUGUUAUUGACAAGAACGAUGAUAAGAAUGCUUUUGAUGUGAGAGUGAUCAAACAGACGUUCUGGAUUGAUGGGUUUUCGUUUAAACGGGAAGAGAUGUAUGGAAUCACAAAUUCAACUGCAGAAAGCUUCAAAGAUGGGGAUUCAGGCACGUGUGUGAUUUGCCUGGACAAACCUAAUGAUACAAUUGUUCUUCCAUGCGGACAUAUGUGCAUGUGCAGUGAAUGUGUAGAAAAAUGGAGGAUAUAUAAUGAUACUUGCCCUAUAUGCCGUAAAUGCAUGGAAAAAGUCAUAAUCAACAAUAUUGAUCAUAAGAUGGGGGUACCAGAGGCAGAGAGCAGCACCAGCGGCAGCUUAAGAGAAAGAAGAGGAAUCAGUUCCCAUCAAAACCAACCUCCUCAACUCACUGAUUUGUCUCUGUGGGGGCCAGCGCUGCGGCAGCUACCGCGGCAGGCACUGCCACUGCCACGGCCGGCGCUGGCACCGCGGCUGCUGCCUAUGGAACACCUGCUGGAAAAGGCUUGGAAUUGUGUGAAUGUGCAUGGGGAUACGUUGCGGCUUGAGGUUGAUGAGCAGCGCCCGGAUCAUCAUCUGAUCUCAUUCGGUUUUGAUGCACCGUGUGAUGGGAGGUUUACCAUUUUUUACUUUGCCAAGGAAAAGCCCAAUUGUGAAUUUAUUCCAGUAAUUUCUGAAGAUUAUUAUGUGCCAGCUAAAGUCCCUUUUCAGGAUGGGCUUGGCCAGAAAUUCCGUCAACCUUCUGGAACUGGCAUUGACUUGGGUUUCUUCGCAUUGGAGGAACUUUCUACACCAUCACUAGGAGAAGAUGUGUUCCCUCUUGUAAUCUUUGCUGAAACAUUUGUGCCAAGUUCAUCCCCCUGUAUGCAAGUUAUUCAAGCUGUUAUUGACAAGAACGAUGAUAAGAAUGCUUUUGAUGUGAGAGUGAUCAAACAGACGUUCUGGAUUGAUGGGUUUUCGUUUAAACGGGAAGAGAUGUAUGGAAUCACAAAUUCAACUGCAGAAAGCUUCAAAGAUGGGGAUUCAGGCACGUGUGUGAUUUGCCUGGACAAACCUAAUGAUACAAUUGUUCUUCCAUGCGGACAUAUGUGCAUGUGCAGUGAAUGUGUAGAAAAAUGGAGGCUAUAUAAUGAUACUUGCCCUAUAUGCCGUAAAUGCAUGGAAAAAGUCGUAAUCAACAAUAUUGAUCAGUGAGUGAUCAAUGACGGCCGACAAACGUAAUUCAGUCUCUGGCGAAUGCUGUGGGUUCUACAUAGUGCUCUGAUAGACGCAAAUAGUGUUUAAAUAUUACUUUAUAAUUAUUUUAGUUCUGUUAUGUGGAUAUGGAUGUGGAUGAGGAUGAGGAUGUUGGUUUUGUUAAGUGGAUGAUGUGGUGAAUGUGAUAUUUUCAUAUGCUACCCUUGAAAAUAAUAAUGUUCUAAUUCAUCAUAUGUAAUCUUACAAAAGAAUGAACUUGCUUGUUCCAAAUAAAAACGAAAG